CGAUCGAUCAUCGAACUGAUUUUCGAGCAAAAUGUUGCAGGAGAUUGGAGCUUUAUCAUCGUUGCUGCUGUGAUGCUCUUUUUGGCAUUCCUUGGAUUCUUGCUCUUGGUUCUCGGAUUGCAGUGUCUGGUCUACACCCAGGUGAUCUUUGGAUGGAUUCUUGUUGCUGGCACAUUUAUCCUAUGCGGUGUAUUUAAUCUCCUCCACAAUGUCACCGGAGAUGCAUGUGUUGCUAUGGAUGAAUGGGUUCAGCAUCCAACGGCACAUACGGCGCUCAACGACAUUCUGCCUUGCGUGGACAAUGCAACAGCUCAAGAGACCUUAUUGCAAACCAAGAAUGUCAGUCACCAACUUGUAAAUGUAGUGAAUGGCAUCAUCAAUGAUGCUGCCAACCGUGAUUUGCCUCCAGAAUUGGCACCAUUAUAUUACAAUCAGUCCGGUCCGAUGGUGCCGAUCCUCUUCAAUCCGUUUCAUUCCGAUCUCACGGAGCGUAUGUGUACAACCGGUGAAGUUAGCUUGUUCAAUUCCUCGGAGGUUUGGAAGAAAUAUAUCUGUAACGUCUCUGCAUCCAUUUUGUCAGUGUGA